AUGGUGCCUGCUGGCGAAGAGUUUGUCAGCCAUGUGGCACUGCUGGAUGUCCCGCUCGGGGAACUGCCAGGCUUCUACGAGCGGGAAGCCGGAUAUCGAAUCGUUCGAGUGCCUUUUUCCGUCAAGGGCCAAGACGGCUCCAUUGUGGAAGAAGGGCAUGCGCUGAUGUGUGCCGCUUGCGACGAUGAUGCCGAAGCGGACAGGCUGUGGGCUCCCGAUGGCGAUCUUGCUCAAUACUGUGAAGAUCAGGGCUACGUGCGCGAUUGGAUGAGGAGAGCGCUCAGGCCGCUUUGGCCUUCGCCGCAGGCAGACAUGCCGCUUUGCCCAUGUCCCUGUGCUGGAUCUGCAGAGUCGGUUGAAGAAAGGUUGGAGGCCAUAGCCGAAGAGGAGCUACCGCAAGGACUAAUGCCGGGAAAAGCUCUGUACCCCGCUCCUGGCUACUUGCGGGACUGUGCUCAGGCCCACGAGGCUGCUGGGAUGUUGCAGCAUUUCUUGGACUCCACUUGCUUAUCGGAUCGCAGGACGGCCUUGUCCGAAUACCUGGCAGCGAAUCCUGGCUUGGAUGCCUUCACAAGGGCUUCGGUUUAA